CCGCGCGCGAGGGUGCCGCGGCCACUGUGCUCUGCGGAGCGAGCGAGUGGUCAGCAGUGAGCCGGAGGUGCGCGUGUCCCGUCCCAAGGCCGACGCCAGCUCGCAGGCAUGGCCCCGGCAGCGGCUUCGGGUGGCAGCUCCCUGCCCAGUGGCUUCUCGGUCUUCGUCACCUUCCCUGACUUGCUCUUCAUCUUUGAGUUUGUCUUUGGAGGCCUGGUAUGGAUCCUGAUUGCCUCCUCCCUGGUGCCCAUUCCCCUGAUCCAGGGCUGGGUGAUGUUCGUGUCUGUAUUUUGCUUCGUGGCCACUACUUCCCUGAUGGUCAUGUAUGUAUUUGGUACUCACAGCGGCGAGACUUCCUGGAUCACACUGGAUGCAGCCUACCACUGUGUGGCGGCCCUGUUUUACCUCAGCGCCUCAGUUCUGGAAGCCCUGGCCACCAUCACAAUGUACGAUGGUUUCACCUACAAGCAGUACCAUGAAAACAUCUCAGCAGUGGUGUUCGCCUACGUGGUCACUCUGCUCUAUGUGAUCCAUGCCGUGUUUUCCUUAAUCAGAUGGAAGUCUUCAUAGGACAGCAGAUCGGGAGCUGGAAACCCAGAUGUCAUUCACUGAUCGUCCCAACUCCCCAUUAACUUCCUAGAGCACAGACACCGUGGUGGAGAAAAGAAAACAAGCCAAAAAACAAACAAAACAAAAACAAAAGGAAGCCAUGUUCUGUUUCUCUUGGGUGUCAUGUUUACCUUCUGUCAAGGGUUUAGGGCUUGCUAUGUUUAACCUCCAGCUGAGGGAGGAAGGAGCUGUCUUGCCAGGGCCCUUUCUGCCCUGAACAGGGACAGCGGGUGGGAACUGGGAACCUUGAUCUGAAGAAAUGACGAUUUUCCCCUUGACCCUUGGAGCAUGUCUUAAGAAUUGCCUCCUGGAAUUUUCCACAGGCUCUGGAGAGCAUUUGUCUCCAGGCACAUCUUAGGCUUUGUGCAUAGUCUGAGUGUCGCAGGGAUGGAAAUUCUCUGUUGAGACCCAACAGAGGUCUCCAGAUGCUCAUGGUGGAAGAUGAGACCCUUUGAAAUACUCCAUUAAACACCUUCUAUCUCAUGCUUCAAGAGUACAGGGGCGACAGGGGUUGUUUUUUAUUCUCUGGAAUCAGGGACACCUUCCAGUCAACUUUUUCCCUACAGAAUCCUUUGACUUCACCUGUGUCUCCAGGGACAGUUGUGCAUUCUAGUCUAGCAUGACUCGCUGAGGGUCACAUAGUGUCUGCCCGGAUAGUGGUUCCUUUGUAGGGAGAUCCCAGGAGCUCCAUCUUUUUCUUUGAAGACACGGUAGUCUGCUCAAUUAGAAUUUUCUCAAGCCCUGAGAAAACUAGCUACAGGCAUUUCUUCCCUCUCUUUGUAAAGCCGGUCUAAAAUGCUCCAUCUGGGUAUCUGUGGUCUCUGAUGUGUUCGGGCACGUCUUCAGACCACUCCCUGGGGGAAGAAAGGGACCAGACUGCAGAGUGAAGGGAUAGAUAAUGACCAUUGGUGGCUGCCAUAUUCCAGUUUUAGGACACUGGACCUAAAAGGAGGAAGUAUUUAUCAUUAGGAAGGACUGGAAAAAUCUGUAAAGUCAGGUUCCCCACUAGGAGAUCUCACCUUGACCCCAUUGUGACAGUGUAGAGAUGGAGCCCCAGAUACAGGACUCUCCUGCCAGUCUCCAGGAGAGCCAAUAUUCUAGCCUCAAUCAGAAGGUGUAACUAGCUAACGUCUUGUUCUCCAACAAAGUAGGAGAUGAGCACUGCAAUUAAAUUGGAUUUAGGAAUGUUUCUACCUUAGCUGUGAUGAUGGAACCCAGGGCCUGUGCAUGCUGGGUAAACACUCUACUGCUAAGUCACACCCUCCGCCUCAAAUUGGGUCUUAAUGGCACAUCCAGGAGGACUUUUGUUAUUCCAGCAUCACUGGUACCCAAAUCUGCCAUUUGCCUACUUAACACAGUCAAAAUUUCAUAGUAAACCACAAGUAAAAGACUAGGUUGGGGAUUUGUUUUUAAAAUUUUAAAUACAAACUAAGAGAUGAUAUGAAGUUCAUUGAGAUGUUUAACAAAAUCUGAAGCUGUGUUGACUGGAGAAGUCUUAUAUUUUCAACAAAACUGUACUGUAACAUUAUACUAACCAGCAGCUCAACAUGAAUGAGGAUCACGUUUUCACAGGAGGGUGGAAAGGAGAAAGGGAGCAAAGGAGAAAGGAGGAAGGAAGGGAGAAAGGGGGGAAGAAGGAAGGAAGGAAGGGCAACUGAGAUGGAUUUCCCAAGAGUUUCUCAAUGUUUCAGAUUUUUAAUCAUUAAAAGAAACUUUCAUACAA